AUGGACGUGGACGCGUCCGACGACGGCCUCGACGGCGACGCGGACGGCCCGGGGCCCCGGCGCAAGCCCGCGCUCGACGACUACGGCCUCGUCCGCGUCGUCGGCAAGGGGAGCUUCGGCAAGGUGCUCCUCGUGCGCCACCUCGCCAGUGGCGCCUACUUCGCCAUGAAGGUGCUGACGAAGUCGACGAUCCGCCGCCGGCGCCAGGUCGAGCACACGAAGACCGAGCGGUCCGUGCUCGCGCGCGUGCGCCACCCGUUCAUCGUGCGGCUCCACGCGGCCUUCCAGACGCCGCGCAAGCUCUACUUCGUCCUCGACUUCUGCUCCGGCGGCGAGCUCUUCUACCACCAGACCCGCAUGAAGGUGCUGCCGGAGCACGUCGCGCGGUUCUACGCGGGCGAGAUCGCGUGCGCGCUCGAGUACCUCCACGCGCGGCGCGUCGUCUACCGGGACCUCAAGCCCGAGAACGUGCUGUUGGACGCGAGCGGCCACGUGAAGCUCGCGGACUUUGGGCUGGCCAAGGAGGGCGUCGGCGACGCGGACCGCGGCGCGCGGAGCGUCUGCGGCACGCCCGAGUACCUCGCGCCGGAGAUCAUCGACCGCCUGGGCCACGGCACGGCGGCGGACGUCUGGAGCUUUGGGAUGGUGCUCCACGAGAUGCUCACGGGCCUGCCGCCCUGGCCCUGGUACACGACGGACCGCAAGGAGCUCUUCCGCCGGCUCCGCGCGGAGCCGCUCGCGUUCCCGCGCGACCGCUUCGUGAGCCGCGACGCGCGCGCGCUCAUCGCCGCGUGCCUCCGCCGCGACCCCGUCGAGCGGCCCAGCGCCAAGGACAUGACCUUCUACGAGUUCUUCGCCAUCAUCGACUUCGACGCGCUCCUCGCGCUCCGGCUCCCGCCGCCCUUCGAGCCCUGCCGCGGCGCGCACGCCAAGAGCGCCCACGACCUCACGGCCAACUUCGAGCACGAGUUCACGGGCAUGCCCUGCCACUCCGUCGACGACCCUGAGGGCGCGCGCGAGCGCGCGCCGUCGCGCGCGGUCUCCGACACGUUCCGCAACUUCACCUUCGACGGCGGCUCGUCGAGCUUCCUCGACGGCGACUCGCCCCUGCGGUCCUACUCGGGCCACCUCGCCGCGUCCUACCGGUCCCAGAACGAGUGCUAA